AUGUCGUCACUGUCUUCUCACUCUUCUCUCAAGCAACGUCAUCUAAGCCAUUUGAACUCACAGCUAGCUCAAUUACAUGCGAAUCUUUCUGACUUCAAUGAGCUUAUUUCCAUCACUGCUGCACAAGUUAAGCAUAUAGAAAAGUUGGGAAUAAUGCAUGGAGCACUUUUCAUGGCAAGUCAUGUUGUCUUUGAAAAUGAUGCAAUUAACGCGUCCAACAAGAAUGAGUAG